CACACACCAUACAACUCUCCUUUCUAAAGCUAUUUUGUUAUUUUCUCACUCUAUUUUCUUCCCAAUGUCCAUUUCUAUUCGCACCCUCUUUUUACUCUCUCUUCUCCUCCUUCUCUUCUUCUUCACCGUUUCUGCUCACAGUGGCCACAACGACGACGAUGGUGACUCCGACACCGACUCUGAUGUCCAAAGUCCUCACGACCUCCGUUCAAAAUCCUUAAUCUUCGCGAAAGUUUGGUGCUUGAUUGUGAUAUUUUUCGCUACUUUUAUUGCUGGUGUUUCGCCUUACGUGUUGAGAUGGAACGAAGCGUUCUUGAUUCUGGGAACACAGUUUGCCGGUGGAGUGUUUUUGGGAACUGCAAUGAUGCAUUUUCUGAGUGACGCAAACGAAACGUUUGAUGAUUUGACCGAUAAAAAGUACCCUUUUGCUUUCAUGCUGGCCUGUGCUGGUUAUUUGAUUACUAUGCUUGCUGAUUGUGUUAUUUCUUCGCUUUUGGAAAAGCCUCAUAGUGGAGUUGAUGUUGAGGGUCAAGGGGCAGAGACAGACAAAGGAAGGGGCAAUGGCGUUACUUCUCAUUCACAUUAUCAGAGUUCUGCUGUCACCAAUGACACUGAUCAUACAUCUAAUAGUUCAAUUGGAGACACUGUAUACAUAUUUGUAUAUGUAUACAUAAUAGCCCUUUGUGCUCAUUCAGUUUUCGAGGGUUUAGCAAUUGGAGUUUCUGAGACAAAAGCAGAUGCAUGGAAAGCCUUGUGGACAAUCUGUUUGCACAAGAUAUUUGCAGCCAUUUCCAUGGGAAUUGCACUCCUUAGAAUGGUUCCGAAUCGACCGCUACUAUCAUGUGCAGCCUAUGCUUUUGCAUUUGCAAUCUCUAGUCCAAUUGGUGUGGCCAUUGGGAUUGUUUUAGAUGCAACAACACAAGGUCCUGUUGCAGAUUGGACUUUUGCUAUAUCAAUGGGACUAGCUUGUGGUGUGUUUAUCUAUGUUUCGAUAAACCAUCUCUUUGCUAAAGGUUAUGUGCCUCACAAACAUACAAAAGUUGAUACACCUUAUAUGAAGUUUUUGGCUGUGUUGUUGGGGAUAGGAGUUAUUGCUGUUGUGAUGAUCUGGGAUACCUAAGAUGCUUCAGAAGGAAGAGGCAUCAUAAUGUGUUAAUUAAUAGCUUGAUUCUACGAUAGGUUAUCUUAGCUUCUUUCUUUUUAAUUGUUUAUUAUAUGCUUUUGAUUUAAUAAUAUCAUCAGUUUUGAAAGAUAGCAACGAAUUUGUUUUAUUAGGAUGGUAUAUAGUUCAAUGAUGUCCAGUUUUGCCUCAUUUCAAUUUAGGCAAUAACCUAUUACUCUAUUUGUUCCAUAGGUGCAGGUUACAAAUUUCAAUACUCCUGUUCUUCAAAUUUCAACA